CGACGAAUGCUCUCAAAAUGGACGCUACGCUAUUGGAACCGACUGACACAAAUGGAGCUCUGAGAGCAGAUCCAACGUCAAUAGCGAAUGGACCUCAACAGUUGAUCCAUAUGUACCUUUUGGAGCGCAGUCCAACCUAUCGUGCGCUUCGCGAUAUUCGACAGCAGGGUUGGGAGAAUCCUACUGGAGAUCAAUUCUUUCAGCAGCAACGCCAGAGAGCAGAUAAUCCAUCACCUGACGGCGAGCUUUAUUUUUAUAAGAUGACAAUUUCUAUUGGCAAACAGCUUCAUUCCAGCACGGGCGCAUUCGACAUAUUGCAGUCGAGUGACGAGCCUUCGGCCUUGGAUAUGGGAAUGGCUCCAGGAGGGUUUUCAGCAACAAUAAUGGAAUCUUAUCCCAAGACUACACUUCGAGCAAUCACUCUUCCCCUCAAUAAGGGAGGCCAUUCGGUACAAUUCAAGCAUAAACGGAUGAAGCUUGAUCUCUGUGAUAUCAACACCCUAGCUGGAGAUAUGGACUUGACCUCUAUACCGGAAAGCCAUCCAGCAGCAAGCACAUUCACUGUCACAAAGUUGUUGGGACAUGAAAUGUUUGACGUGGUAAUUUGUGGUUGUCAGGUGACUCGGAAUCAAGAGCUCGGGGAAUGGCGCGAGCAUCGAGAAGCCGUGCGUCUACAGCUUGCACAACUUGUCAUCGCUUUGGAGCACGUUAAGAGCGGAGGGACAUUGGUCGCUGUUAUGCAUAAGCCUGAAGAGAUUCAUACCGCUGAGCUGCUACACAUAUUCUCGAAGUUCUCUGAAAUUUCUUUGUUUAAACCAAAAAGGGCGCAUGCAAAGCGUUCGUCCUUUUACAUGGUGGCGAAAAAGAUUGAUACUUGCAGCAAUCAAGCCAUUGAAGCAAAAAGAAUCUGGAGAAAGGAAUGGAUCGACAGCACGCUUGGCACUGCUGAUGACUGUGCAAAUUUAUCGAAGCGAACAGUUGAUGAUGCUCGCGAGUUAUUGGAUGGCUAUGGAACAGAAUUGGUAAAAAUAGGAAGACCAAUUUGGGCUACCCAAGUGGCAGGAUUAAAGAGAUGGCUAAACAAUAUGUAGGCAACUGUGUUCCGUCAUCUUCAGUUCAGUAAUGACAGACUUUGUAUACAUACCCGGUAUUAACGUCGUGCUGAUCGC